CUUCCGUCUUACUUUGCAGAGCAGAUACAAAUUUUCUGAUGGAUAACAAGAACUAAUUUUUUUUUAAAAAGAGAGGAAAUCUAGCCAACUAGGAAAAGCGUAUGGUGGGGAAAGCUUCUAUUUGAUGUUCUUUUCAGACGAGGCAGAUAGUUGGCUGAGAAAUUAAGAUUUUCUCUACCCCAAAGUCAAAGUUUCUCCCGUCAUAAAGGAACAAAAUAAUGGUAUUAUUUAUAAAUAUUUUAAAAUAAUAGCAUAAGUUAUUUAUAAGGGCAAGGGGCCAUCGCCAUCAAUAAAUCAUAUGAUAAAAUAAAUUAAAUAUAGGCCUAAGUAGUAGAGAUCUAAGAAAGUGUGCCCGUGUGGGGAAGGGAGGUCAGGUGGGCGGGUCAAAAGUUCAAAUUUGAAGCCACACAUUAAUUUUAAAAAAAUUAUCAUUACCUUGCCAUCUCUAAUGGGCUAAUUCUUAGAAAUCAUCCUGUGACGUCAUUUGCGUGUUUAUAAAAAAAUUAUAGUUGCAGUGAAUAAGGCUUUUGGUUAGGCUAGGCUGAGGAAUCAAUUUCGGGUUCAAGUUAGGCAUAGUGAUCGAUUUAUUUUAGGGAUACAUUAAUGAUUAGUGACAGAAUUAACUGGUUGUUCCAACCAAGAUGGCGACCAUCGCGGGAUGAUCUCUAAUAAUUUAACCAUGGAUGGAUUUGGCUUGAUGGAUCUUACAAAAUUUGGCAUAUAUAAUCCAUCAUGAUCCAGAAGCAAAUACUGGGGUGCGUUGAGGUAUAAAAAAUAUUCCUUUCGGGGCCGGGGUCCCAAAUUCAUUAUUAUCAGUAUAACUAGUAUGAGCUAUCCUAUAUACUCGCAUAUAAGCCGACCCCCUAAAACUGCUUUAAAAUGGCCAGUUUUUGCAAAAACCCGCAUAUAAGCCGACCAUACAAUUGUCUAAUUUUACUCCAUAUUUUUGAUUCAUAGAAAUUUGUUACUGUAAAGAUGUAAAAUGCUUACUUUUAUGUUACAUACAGUUUGUUUACCUUCGUCCCCCUUCGCUGCGCUGCCUACCAACUGGCUGCCUCUGUUUGCCCUCUUCGUGCCUAUGCAUGUGAUUUAAGGGGAUUCCCUUACGACUGCCUUCAUUUGAGCGUGUUAUUUCUACGAAAUCAGACCGUGUACCAAUGACAUCGGCUUCACCGCUAGCUCUAGCUUGGUUACAGCUCGCCACUGGUGCACACUCAACCACGCAGUCGUGUCACUCUCACUUUACUCUAUGCAUUUGCGUAUUGAGUAUUAGUUAGGAAACCAUAGAUAUAGGAAACAUUUUCUGUAUUUUUAGUAUUUUUUCUUAAUUUUAUGCCACUUUUGACUUCGAAAAUGAAUUCUCCAUGGUAAUAUUCAUACUCAGUAUAAUUAUCAGCUAUUCAUACAUUAAAUUCUUUGAAGUGACACCUCUGUAUAUAUAUAUAUAGUAGCCAAUAUACCCGGCUUUGCACGGGAUUGCAUUAGGACCUCGAUAUUGUUGUUUUUGGCUCAUAACAGAUGUCACGCAUAACGAAGUGGUUAUGUGCAGCCGACUGCAUAUAACCCUGAGAGUUAAACGCAGUCGGCAAGUCACGUGAGGUCUAUAUUCUUCCUGUGUUACAGUAUCGAUUGAUAAAGGUGCUACGUUGUUCAUCAACAAAUACUCCUACAUUAAUUGACGGAUCUUGACCAAACUUAGCACAAAUACACUUUAUUGUCCAUAGUCAAAUACCGAAAGGUAAUGAAUGAACUCAUGGUAUCCAAUGGAAUGGGCCCCGCCAGGGCCUGUCUUUCAACUUGAAUGUAAAAUAGUUAUAGUAGUGCAUUAAGUUGUAUAAUUUUUCGUAUUUGAAAAAUAAUUACGUAAAAAAGUCAUUUAUUACACAUUUCGAGGUGGAUAUUAAAUUUAAUCUGGAAUUUUCCAGAAUGUUCUUUAUUUUUCUACAGGGAUAAAUAAUGGGAUUUUAAAGCUUAUUUAAAUGUUAGUUUAGUUCUAUUCAUUUACACAAUUUCAUGGGGAUUUUUUUCUAAAGUCUAAACAUACCCUUUGUAAUCUUACCUGGAAAAAAAUCCUACUGGAAACAUGAUCCCUCAGAGAAAGAGGAUCACAAUGGGGAACUAUAUCCAACAGUAAAUUGGAACCCACUGGUAACCCGAUAUCAUUGGGUAAUGGGUUCUAAUCGGGAUACUAUCGGGAAACGGGAACCCAUUGAAGAAGAGAAUCCUAUCGAGAAACGGGCUUCCACCAAAAAACCGGGAUCCCGCAGAGAUUCAAAUACAGAUGGGACUGGAAACCCACCGGUAUCGGAAUCCCAGUGGGAUCCCACAGCAUUGGGAUCCAAACGGAUCAGGAACCCACCAGGAAAUGGGAUCCCAUCGGAAAAUGGAAUCCCUCCAGGAUUGAGAUCCACCAGGAUUGGGAAACUGAUGGGAUUGGGAAUCCACUGGCCCCACUGGUAUUGGGAUCCAUUAGGUAUCUGGAACCAGUUGGGAUUGGGAUCUCCCCAGGAUCGGGAUCCCAUUGGGAAACGGGAACCCAUCAGAAAACGGCAUCAGGAACCCUCGAGGAUCAGGAUUUCACAGGGAUCAUGAUCCCGCCGGGUUUGGGAUCCAACCAGAAUCAGGUACUCAUCAGAAAAUUGGAUUCAAUGAGGAAAGUGGAUCUGAUUGGAAUCCCACCCUGAUCGGGAUACCGGUACCAUCGAGGAACAAAAGGUUACAAAAGUUAUUAUACAUGUUUUUUUAUAGGAGACAAAUUAAUUAUUUUAUUCUUUAGUGAUUUUUUUUUUUAACAUUAUGCUUAAUUUCAUUGUGAAUUAAAAGGCCUAUUCAUCAAAAGUAUAUCAUGGUCAUGUAGUUGUCAAAAAACGGUGAUUGGAGUUUUUUGUUCCUGCUCAAAGCUGUUGUUUCCUAAACUUACGCUUAGAAUAAAAUCCAAUGUCACUUUUUCUUUGCAGGUUUGUAUUCUGCUAUAUAUAUUUUGCGCCCUUUUAUCUUGACAUAAUCUAAUGCAGGUUUAGGGAUGUUUGAAAUCAUGUACCCGUACAUCAUAUUAUAUAUUUGGCAUAUACUUCCAGGGUUGCCAAAUAAUAACUUUACAAACAUAGAGUAAAUUUUUUAAACUAAAAUGGCCUGUCAAAUAAGUUCAUAAAAACAAUAGGAUGCCCUUAAAACAUACAAACUUCUACACAUAACUUUGGGGUCAUAAACGGAAAUGGACCAUUACAGGCCACAGUGUCAAAAUUUCUGUAAUGAUUAUAAUCAGAAGUUAAUUUGCAAUGUUGGAAUGUCAUACACUAAACUGUAGAUAUAAAUUAUUCUAAGAGAAGAUAUUGUGAAAAUUGUGGAUAUUUUAAAUAAGCAUUGCUGGUUCAUUUUAUUGAGUUGGCAUCAUUGGUUUCUGGUCAUAUAUAAUUUAGAAAAUCUAAAGCAUUCCUUUCAAGCGACAUUUUGCAGCAAGCACAGUCAGUAGUCACAAAUUAAAUUCUAAUGAACUUGCUAAUACUUUGACAUGUUACUUUUUUUAUUCACAGCGUGAAAUAAUUUCAGUUCACAUUGGACAAACUGGGGUGCAAUUAGGAAAUGCAUGUUGGGAACUUUACUGUCUUGAACAUGGUGUUGACCCCACUGGCUUUAUGCCAUAUGGCCUGACUCUUGGAACAGAUGACUCUUUUAACACCUUCUUUGAGGAAACUGGUGCUGGCAAACAUGUGCCCAGAGCCACAUUUUUUGACCUUGAACCAACUUGUGUAGGUCAGUUUUUAAAUUUUGCCUUGUGUCUGUCAGUUUUUAUUGCUUCAUCUCAUUUGUCUUUAUGAGAGAAAUGGUGGAUCAGUUAUAAUAAAUGAUUCAACAUAUACCACUUUAUUUUUAAUCAUCGGAAGCCAUUUCAUUAUUAUAGAAUAAUUUUUCUUACUCACUUAUGUUUUUUGUCCCGUCUGGGGCAUAGGCCGUCUAAAAGAGUUUUCCACUCUUCUCAGUCCUGUGCAUUCCUUCCCAGUUGCUUCCAGGUGUAUCCCAUACUUAGUGUAUCUGCCUCUUGCUCACAUUUCUAUGUAUUCUUUGGCCUUCUUCUCUUCCUUUCUCCAUGUGGGUUCCAUGUUAGGGAUUGUGUGGUGAAGUUUCUGGGGUUUUAUGAAGAAUGUGCCCAGUCCACCUCCAUCUUGUCUUUUUGAUGUCUUCAGCAAUAGGCUUUUGGUAUGUCUUUUUCAGUAAGCCUUUUUUAGUGAUGAUGUUUGUACAUUUUAUGUUCAGGAUCUUUUUAGGCAAGUGUUUGUGAAGGUCUGUACUUUCUGCAUGAAGUCAGUAACUUUUUGUGAUCUAAAUUCUAAGUCAAUUUAUUAAUAAUUUUUUUUUCCUUUUCAAUUUUCAGAAUGGAACUCUCUUGAAUUUGAAAUACUAAUAUUAAAACCUAAAAUUAUGAACAUCAAUGAAUAAGAAAUGAUUUUCAUUUAGGGUAAUUUAGUAAUUUUUGUAUGUUUAAGUCAAGUGAGAAACUUAAUUUUGUGUUACAGAUGAGAUAAGAAAUGGUACAUAUCGUCAACUGUUCCAUCCAAACGCUCUUAUAACUGGAAAAGAAGAUGCUGCAAACAAUUAUGCUCGCGGUUACUACACAAAAGGGGCCGAAGUUGUGGAAAUUGUUCUUGAUAGAAUAAGAAAGCAGGUAAGAUAACAUUUUUAAUGAAAAUAUUUUUUUUAAAGUAUUUCUUUAAUAGAGACAGUGUUUGAGCUCCUGGUCUCUUCUUAAAUAUUGCAUCUUCUAUCUAAAUUGGAAUUUUCCUACCUAAGUGUGUCCACAUGGGCAUGGGCACUCUUCUACCCAAGUGUAUCCAUAUGGGCACUUUCUUACAUAAAUGCAUCCACAUGAGCACUUACUUACCUAAAUGUGUCCACAUUGGGACUUUCCUAUCUAAAUAUGUCCAUCCACAAAGGCACUCUUCUAUCUUAAUGUAUCCACAUGGGAACUUUCUUAUAUAAUUGCAUUCACAUGGGUACAUUCAUAAUAAUGGCACUCUAUACCUAAAUUCAUUAAAAAUUACAAGAUAGAGGUGGACUGGGCACAUUCUUCAUAAAACCCCAGAAAACUUCUCCUAGCAUAAGCACUUUCACAAAAGUACUACCAUAGUUGUUGUAGGGAUUUUCUCUGUUUCAUCAGAGAUCUAUCAUAUGCAAAUGGGCUUUCAGCAAAUAUGGCUAGAUCCAUUGAUGAAGGGUAGGCCCAUGUUUGAAGGAAAGAAUAGAGCAGUCUAUAAUCUCCCUUAAAAAGUUGUCUAUUCCUCUCUUAAACCUAUUGUAAUACAGUAGUGAUCCUCCAUCCUGUUAUAUCAUUCACGAUACUUAAUUUUUUUUAAACGUAUGUAACUGAAUCAGGUUUUAAUGUAAUGUUUUUUUUUUAAAAAAACCAAAAAAAAAACCCCAUAAAACCCACAAUUUUCAAAGCUCUUGAAAUUUAUAUUUAGGAAAUAGUAAAUCAUUAUUUUCAAAGAAGAAUAUUUGUAUAGAUAUUUAAAUUUCUUUAAUCAUUGUUUUUUUUCUUCUAUUUCCGUAUAAUAUAAGCCAGCCGAACCCCUUUUCAGACAUCUGAAUUAAAAAGAAAACAUAAUUUCUAAAAAUUGUAAAAUCAUAUCCUUAAUUAAAUUUUUAAAAAAUGUGUACCAAUUAAAAUAUAUGUAGCAUUAACGGAUUUUGAUAUAUUGGCCUCUUCAUUUAAAAUUCACUCUGCCUUGCUCCUGAUUUAUAUUAUUGGAAAAUCAUUAAAACAUGAAUUCUUUGAAAUGAAUAUUUAAAGUCUCAUCUCUUAACCAAUUUUCUCGUCUGUGUAACAGUCUUGAAUUUUUUAAUAACUAUUCUAAGGUUCAUAGUUUAGGGGCAUGGUAAUUUUUAUUUUGUGCUGAUGGAACAACAAAUAUUUCCUCACAUUAAAGAAAAUCUUAACCCCUAUUUGUUUACGCCCCUGAAAUGUAUUUUUGGAAAAUGUGUUUAUUUUUAAAGAUUAAAUUUUCACAUCUGUAAAAUGAGUGGGUUUUUAGAUGUUAUUUUUCAACAUAAAAAUGUUACCACUCUUGUUUUUUUACAAAAUUUAAAUUUAUUUUUAAAAAAUGUUCACAAAAAUUUAUGUAAUAUUAAUAUAAACAUAUUGACAAUAUUGUUAUGUGUAUAAAUAUUUGUCCAUCCCUUAUUCUCGCCCCUGAACUGUAUGUUUGGAAAAAUAAAAAAAAAAAUGUUAUCUUAUCAACUGUUUUCCCCUUUUCAACUUAUAUAAAUGUGACCCCAAUAUGUCGACGCCUUUGAACCCCAUUUUGCGACAUUAUUAAAACACCUAUUUAUUUAUUUUGAAAGAAAAUAUAAAAUCUCUUUUUACACCUGUAAAACCAUUUGGUUUAAAUAUAUUGUUAUUCACAUAAAAAUGUACAAUUCCUUUUUCCUCCCACUUAAAUGUGUUUUCGGUAGAAAGUUAAAUACAUUAUUUCAGUAGUCUUAAACAGGGGCGUUAUUUCAGGGGUUUUUUUUGGGGGUGGGAGAGACCAAAACUAGGUCGGCUUGUUAAGUUGUUUAUUACUGGAGGGGUUACAGUAUAUGGCAAUUUAAAUAAAACCUGCAAAUUCAGAGGGGGUGGGGCGGGGGCAAAUGCCCCAUGCUGCCCUACCCAAAUGACAUUCCUGGUAUCUAAAUACCAAUUUCUGUUCUGUAAACUAUUUGAACUUUCAGAUAUUGCUACACUCAUCAAAUGCACCUACCCGCGUUGUGACAUAGCUUGUGCUUCCUUGGACAAAAUAAAAAAAUCGCAGCCACCUCCCCUCAUCCCCAAAUAUUUUAAUUAACAUUAAUAGAAGCAUCCAGGGAUGGCAACUCCCUUAGUAACACAAUCACACACUUUUGGCCUAAACCCAAACUACAUUAAUAUUUGAACGUACUUAAUUUUUCUAUUUAAAAAGAUAGUUCAUAGCUUAUUUCCAUAUACCUGUAUUUAAAGAAUAAUCUACAUAUAUUUUAUAUUUAAAUUGAUUAGAUUUCCGUAAAAUAAUACAAAAUCAAUAUUAUUGUUUUUAAGAAUUUAUGAUUAAUACCUAUGUAUUGAAGAUAACUUAAUAAUUACAUAAAAGCAAGUAUGUUAUUUAAAUUGAUUAGCUUUCCAUAAAGCAAUUAACAAUUCCUAUAGUUGUUUUUUAAGAAUUUGAGUGUAUUAAAAUUCACUAGAUUUCUGUAAAAUAAUAGAAAAUCACUGUCAUCCUUUUUAAGAGUCCUAGCAUUCCAUUGUUAAUGCCUUUUAAUAUAUACCUGUAUAUGAUUUGGAGACAUGGAUCACAAGCUUUAUAUCAAAUCACUAUACUCAUCAAUCAUGAUAUGGAGAAGUCCACAACCUUUUUAUCAUUCAUGAUGUGGAGACACUGAUCAAAACCGUUAUGUCACUGGAACUUUCAGGAGAUGGUGGUUAAUGUUGAUAGCCCAUUUUCAUCACAUGGCCUCAUUGUCUCAGGAAAGCAUAGACAGGCAGUUGUCAUCACAUUACCUCAUUACAUCAGUAGAGCAUAGACAGGCCAUUGUUAUCACAUGACCUCAUUACAUCAGGAGAGCAUAGACAAGCCAUUGUUAUCACAUGGCCUCAUUACAUCAGGAGAGCAUAGACAGGCCGUUGUUAUCACAUGGCCUCAUUACAUCAGAAGGGCUUAGACAGGCCAUUGCAUUUGUAUUCCCAUGGUGUCAUUAAUAUAAAAGUUCUCUUCAGUUUUUAUUUUGACCAUUACAAUGUUCUCUAUUCAAGCCUUAAGUCACUUUCCUCAACAUGAUGUUUUGAUGAAAGAACAUUCGUCUAUUUCCAGGCUGAGCAAAGCACAGGACUCCAGGGUUUCUUUCUGUUUCACAGCUUUGGUGGUGGGACUGGAUCAGGAUUCACCUCUUUGCUCAUGUCCAGAAUGAGAAUGGACUAUGGCAAAAAGAACUUGAUGGAGUUUGCUAUUUACCCUGCACCAAAUGUAGGAACAUUCAAAUGCUUUAUAUGUUGUAUACAAUUAGAUGGCUUAACCACGUCUUAAUCCCUCCUGUGUUAGCCCUUCUUGCUUAAUUCUUGACAAACUGUGAUCUUUAAUGGAACUUAGAAUGUAAUGUUAAUGGCCAAAAAAUACAAACUGACAAAAAACUUGAUUUGUGGCACAUGGGCCUAACAUAUGUGAGAUAUAACUAUGACAAGCCUUUCUAACAUGCAUGCAGCCUAAAAACUUCCUGUUUCCUUUAUUCAAAUAAUGCCAUGCUGGAAGUCUCAGGAGCAUGAUUUUAUUGCUAUUGUGAAAUAAAAAAGAGAAGGAUGUGCUAAGACACGGUAUGCAUUUGGUCACAUAAUGUUUGUACCCUUGAAAAAUUAGUCUCAAUGGCUGAUAAUGAGUUUACUACGAACUUACUUUAAAAAAACACAACUUUUAUUGAAUCAUUUAAAACAACUUUACAACUUGUGAAUAGCUACACUGGAUAUCUGCAUUGUCUAUUAUUCACUAGAUAUCUGCAUUGUCUAUUAUUCACUAGAUAUCAACCGCUGUUGUUGAACCUUACAAUGCUGUUUUAAACACCCAUGCUUGUCUGGAAAUUAGUGACUGCUGUUUCAUCUUUGACAAUGAAGCUAUCUAUGAAAUAUGCAGACGCAACUUGGAUAUAGAAAGGCCCACUUACACUAACCUAAACAGACUUAUUGCACAGGUAAUAAAAGUAUUUUACACUGCAUUGUCUGUAGGGUAAGGGGCCAUCCAUAAAAGAAGUCAUGCAAAUUUUGCCGAUUUUUGACAUCCCUCAAAUAUAACGUCACAAAUCUCUGCAACAGCCCCCCCCCCCCCCCCCCUAAAAAUUCCCUGUGUCCACUACUGUCCUUUACAAACCCUUAAAAAAUUCACCUCCCAUGGAUUUCAAUUUACUGCACCCCUGUCAGAAACAUUUACUAUAACAGUGGUUCUUAACCAAGGUUAAAAGUACCUCCCUAUUUGCUGCCAAUUGCUAAAUGUUGCAGCUUUAAAAAAAAAAAACCGUUUUUAUUUUUUUUAAAUUUUUUUUAAAUUCAAAAUAAUUAAAUUUGGGGGGGGGGGGGGGGGGCGGCGGCGGCGCAGCAUUUUAAACGGAGUGGGCCUGCAGCGCUGCAUGAAGGUUAAGAAUCCCUGUCCUAGAGCAUUUACUAAGACAACCCCCCCCCCCAACCAUUUUUUUUCUCUCAUUCCAUCCCAAUUCUAUUCUAUGACUCCUGUCUCCACAUUUUGACAUAAAUUCUCUGGACUAUCAAUGUCAAUACACCCAUUUUCUCCGACCUGUGGCGGCCUGUAACUUGAUCAGUGGCCAUUUUUCGUACCUAUCAGUGAUUGUACUUAAUGUUAUUAAGCACAAUUCUUUAAUAUUGUGCUUUUUAUGUGAUGUCACAUUGCUUAACCCCCACCCCAUUCCUUCUCGCUUGUCACAGAAAUUUGCCCCUCGCCCCCUUUUUUUAAAGAUGUGUGACGUCAUUUAUGGAUGGCUCCUAAGCAUAAUUUUGGAGGAAAUUUAAAAUAAGUAUGCAAACUCCAGUUAAAUCUAUCCUAACCACUCCAUACUCAAUCAACCCGCCACUGUACUGAUACCGAUAUCCAUGUAAAUACUCAACACUCAGUGCAAAGUCCACUGUAUCAGUAAAAUUACUUAGUGCAAAGUCCUCUGUAAUGAUAUCCAUGGAACUACUCAAUACUGGUACUCUGUUGGAUCAACAACUCCCCCUCCCCCCUCAGGUCAUAUGUAAUAUAUGGAUCAGUUCUAAAUAUACAUCAGAUAGACCCAGCGAACUUUAUUUUAAAUUCAGUUUCUUUUCAUAUAAAUCUAUGAGCAGGUCAUGAGUUCCAUCACGGCUCCAUUAAGAUUUGAAGGAUCGCUGAACACCGACCUGACAGAAUGGCAGACGAACUUGGUGCCCUACCCUAGGAUACACUUUCCCCUGGUUACUUAUGCCCCAUUCAUCUCAGCUGAAAAGGCUUACCAUGAAUCUCUCACAGUGUCCCAGCUGACAUCAGCAUGUUUUGAGCCAGCCAAUCAGAUGAUCAAGUGCAACCCUAAUCAUGGGAAGUACAUGGCCUGUACAAUCAUGUUCCGUGGUGACGUAGUUCCAGGAGAUGUCAAUGUUGCGAUAGCAAAUAUCAAGUCUAAAAGAUCCAUCCAGUUUGUUGACUGGUGCCCCACUGGAUUUAAGGUACACAUUCAAACUGUUGACAAGUGCCCCACUGGUUUUAAUGUACAAAUUGAAACUGUUGAGUUGUGCCCCAUUAGUAUUAAGGUACAUAUUGUAACUGUUGACUGAUGCCCCACUGGUUUUAAAAUACAUAUUGAAACUAUUGAAAAGUAUAACCAAGGUAGAUUUCAACUGAUAACCAAUUAAAUUUGGGCCUCUAUAUUCAGGCAUAUAACUCUAGAGUUGGGAUUCAGCAUUUAUGCGGUUAGAUUAUUAAUGUCAAGAAUGGAAUACCAUACUACAUUUUGAGAAAGACUGAGAGAAACAACAUUCCUUUGUUGUGAAGGACUGGAAUCCUCACGCAAAGAACACAAGCCUAAAAUGCUGUCAUGAUGACUUUUAGCGAAAAAUCCUGUUUCUUGCAUUCAUGAUGGCAAAGUGAUUUCUGCAUGGUCUAAAUUUCUUUAGAUGUAUCUUGUAGAGAAUUCACUUACUUACAAAAUGGUAUAUUACUACCAGGUACUAGUAAAAAAAUAUAUAAUUAUUCAAGAAAAGUGCAAUUAAUAUUGAAUUUUUACAUACACUUGCAUGUGACCUACAUUUAUUCAGCCCAACAUGUUUUUUGAAUUUCAAUUCAGUACCAGUAGCUAAUCAGUUAACAGCAAUAAGUGUGGCAUUGGGCGGUUGCCCUGUUUGCCACCCCCAGCACUGGCCCUGCCUCUACUAUUAUGCCAGCCUUUCUUUUAACUUAGCAGUGAAUAACAUUCAGAGCCCAGUUACUGUAGACAAGAGAAAUUAAACUUAAAAAUAACAGUUAUAUUUAUAUAUAUUUUUGUACAGGUUGGCAUAAACUACCAACCCCCAACAACUGUACCAGGGGGUGAUCUUGGUCAUGUUAUGAGGGCUGUUGUAAUGCUGAGCAACUCAACAGCUAUAGGUGAAGCUUGGGCCCGCCUUGACCACAAAUUCGACCUUAUGUAUGCCAAACAUGCAUUUGUACACUGGUACAUUGGUGAAGGCAUAGAUGAGUCAGAGUUUCUGGACGCAAGAGUUGACUUGGCUGCCCUAGAGCGUGACUAUCAGGAAGUAGGACUACCCUCAUGAUUAUCAGGAAGGAGGACUAACCACAAGAUUAUCAGGAAACCAUCAGUCUUUCAAUCCAUACAUUAUUUUUUGUACCGGUAUUCAGUGUUCAGGUUAGGUUCUUCAUGUAUAAAAAAUAACAAGAUAGUGUGCUUUUUGGAAAAGCAAUUGAUUUGGGAAUUUAUUUCUAAUACAUGUACAGUUACUAUUUAUCACUCUAGAUAUACAAAUACAGAUAAUACCAGAAGAGUUUUAGAAGCUGUACCAUAUAUUAUUAUUAUUUUAUAAGUGCAUCAAGUUUAGAAAAUACAGCAUUGAAUUGGAAAACAAUUGUUUAUUUGCAUAUUUGUGACAUCUGCAA